AUGAGGUAAGCGGCGGCCGGCAGCACGCGUUCAGUUUGACGCGUCAUGACAGAUGCGCAGCGACACUCAACCCUCAGCCUCCAGCGUACAUCCACAUUUACACAUUUGCUUUUAAGAUACAUCUGAGAUAACGAUGUUGUGAAGCAGUGUGGGCUUAUUUGCCACGUUCUCCAGUAGCCUAUUAUAGGCAUAAUGCGGCCCACCCACCGGGCCUCAGCCCAGUUAUCGUCCUUUACCAUUUCCAUCACAAUACUAACACUCAAGACGAAUAAUGUACAUCAGUUGUGGUGUUUUCCCCUCUAUUAGCCCUCCAUUGUCGCCCCUGGACCCGCCCAGUGUAGCCUAUUCAAUGCAGGGUCUAAGCCGGGUUAAUGUUGUCAUGGAAACGACAGCAUCAUGUAUUUCUCCCCGUAAGCUGAACGGUGCACUCGGUAAAAUUAAACGCUAGUUAGUUACUGUGAUGCACCGGUCAGUGUGUGUGUGUGUUUGUGUGUGUGUGGCUGCAGGUGGUGGGGUUACAAAGUGAGGGGUGAGUGAGUGAGGGCCCAUAUGACAGGAGGAGGAGGUGGAGGUGGUGGUGGGUGUUUAUUCUGGUGGUUGCCAGGCAGGUUAUCAGAGCCCCCCUCCCCAACCCCCUCUUCUUUCUCUGACACCUAAAUAAGCCUUCUUCUCUAUAACGGAUCCAUUCAUGCACAAAUGGAAAAUGUGCCUCAUGUGUAAAUCCUCUCUCUGUAUCUGUGGUCAUAGACGGUAUUUUGAGCAUUUCUCUUAUCACCCUGGUAUGCAAAAUGCGCCGUGGCCCAAAUCCUCUCUAGCAGCAAAGUCUGUAUUCUGUUCUAUUUAUGAAGCACUCCUUUUAUAUUUUUCUGGGGCCCCCCCCCCCCCCCUGCUGCUGCUGCCUUUAGUUUGACUCCUCCGUGUCUCUGUAGAUGCAGCCUGGACCAUUCUGUUUUAUUGCUUCAGAUUCACCCUGACAGCUCUCCUCGGAUAUGCUCCUCUCUCUCUGCUUUUACUGUAGCUACCGGUGUUUGUCUGCAUGUGUGUGAGUGAGACUGUCGGGGUGUGUAGUUGUGAUGUUACUCCCUUCAAAGCAGCAAAGGAGGCAGAAAGAAAUGGUUAAAAAAAAAAAGUAGACCAAGGUGCUCUCACAUCUGGAUAUCUUUUCACUACGCUACAUCUACUGAUCCAAAUAAAUCAAGCUUUUCCUGUAACCUCACACAACCCAGAGCCAGCAGCUGGAUAAUUUUGCUCUCAGACAGUCAACAUGUAAGAUUCAUAUCUUGCGGUCCACUUUAGUGAACACACUGUUUCUUCUUUCCUUAAAGCUGCCUGUGUACUGUCCUGAGUGUUUGUUUUUGCUAGAGGCAGAACUGUUCUUUGACGCAAGCCCAAAAAGGGAAGUCUUAAAUCUCCACAAAGCAGCAAUAAGGUGACCUGAGAUUCUUCUGCAGAGUCAAGAAAAAAAAGAGAUUAAAUUCAAUGGAAUCAUUUGUUCAGCCUCACUGCAUCCAUUGCUGCCUUUAUGCACAUUUUUGUGUGUGUGUUUCUGCUCUAACAUGAGUGUGAGUGGGUUAUUUUUAGUCUCCUAACUGUUGUAGUUUCAUUAUGGGAUGCUCUCUCUCUCUCUCUAACCCCUUGUCAGACUGACUCCUGUCAUGUGUCUGUGUGUAUGUAUGUUUGUGUGUGUUACCAUGUCUGUGUGAGUGGGCAGAAAGUGAAACAUUCUCUUUGGCUAUUAACACGAGGGGAUGUCUGCUGCGCCUGUUGUGGUGACUCAUCUCAGGGAAAGGUAGAAUGAGCAAGUGCAGCCAGCAGAAGGUAAAAUGCUGAGUUAUGCAUCUUACUGCAGGCAGCUGCUGAUCAGAGAGCAGCCCCAUGUGAGCCAGCGACACCACAUACAGCCACAAUGCUCACAUCCUGCGGGCUUCCGUCGCCUGGGAUGAUCUUCAGUACUAAUGCAGCUUCCAAGGGGGGACUAGUCAGAAGUUGGGAAAUGCAAAUUACUUUUUUUCUUAAUAAAGAAGCUAUAAUCGCACUUCUUAUAGUGGAGACGAUCUAAACUUGUAAUUUAUAAUGAACAUGCAACUUUAAUUAUCAUGAGAAACUAGUAAUGACAUAGUCUGUGCCACUCUACCAGGGGGGUCCUCACAUCCCACUGGAUGACACCACAGCCAAACAGAGCAAUAAAACUUGAGACACAGCAGUCGGCUGUCAUGCACAGCCCUUGAAUUAGUAUCAAACAUUUUACAUUCAAUAAAACACAAACUACUGUCAGUUCAUAUAAUUAAUAACAUGUUGGUGGAUACUUGCAAAAAAAAGCCUCAGCUGUGCAUAGAUCUUAUUUAUAAUGUGGUAAAUGGGCUGAAUUUAAAGCUCCUGUAAGGAGUUUUUUAUGUUAAUGGAAUGGGCUUAAGCUCAUAUUGAUGCCUUUCCAUGACAUACAAAAUCAAAUAUGACCAUCAGUGAUAAGAUUGAAUGUUUUUACGUUUUGAUUGUUAAUGUCUGGAACCUAUGCAAGGGUGGUGCAGCUGAAAAAACAAAGCUUUUUAAACAUCUCUACAUAAAAGAAUGUACAGUAAGUGAUAUAUUUGACUAUCAGAUGUUAACAGGAUAAGGUUUUAACACUUGAACAUAUAAAGGACAAAAUAGAUGAAAGGCUGCUUUGUCCCCAGGGGGCGCUGAAUUUGAUGCAAGCUGAAAGGAGGAGCUUUAAGUUGCACUUCUUCAAACCACAUUUAUUUACAGAUAACAGAGGCUGAUAUUUUAGCAGUCCGUAAGUAUUAUCUCAUCCCAUUUACACACCAUCACAAGGUACUUUGGGUUAAGUUUCCCGCUCAAGUACACUUAGAUAUUUGGCCAGCAGGACCUAUGAUCAAACCUUUAACCUUCUGAUUGAGAGGAGAGUGACUCUACGAUAGUCACAGCCGACCUUUAUUGGUAGGCAACAGUUAUGUCUCGGUAGGAACCUGAUUAGAGUUUCAACCAGCACAUCUUUCAGAGCACGUGAACAUGAGUCUGCAGAUAGAUCAGGGUUUCAGGCUUAAAAAAAAUAUGGGCCUUUAGGGUACUUUUUACUGCCACGUGUCCAGUGCAAGUAUCCUGACCAAGAUGGUGGUGAACAUGAAAAUGUAAACAUUCUUUCUUCUGAACAUGUUGUUUUUUAGUGUUAUUUUUUCUUCUGAGCUCCAUUGUGACUCUAUUCUCUGAGCAUAUUUGAACUGGAAAGACUAGGUUUUAAAAUGCUGAUUUAUCUUACUAUAUCUAUACUAUCUUAACCUUAAAUUUAUUGAACAAUUGUCAGACUUUUACCCAAAUAUACAGUAUCUUGGUGACAGCUUCUUGGAAAGAGUCUACCUUUAUAGCAAUUUUAUAUAUAGAUCUGUAAAUGACAACUUCAGAAUUCAAGACAACACAGAAUUUGUAUUUGUGUCAUUAGGCAAUAUCACUGUAAUCAAACAUAUGUCUAUUUGGGUUUCACCUGUUCACUAAUAGAAAGGGAAAUAUAUUUAGAUCUCAGACAUUACUUAGGUUUAUCUGGGGGGAAAAAACCCUCUCAGAAAAUGUAGUCUUAACAACAGACAAUAUGAAGCACUGAUAAUAAACAAUCCCUGCAAACCCCCUCCUCUCUCUUCUCUUACACUCAACAUGCUCAAACCAUUUUGCAUAUAGCUUUCAUACAGUAAUCUGGUCAUUUUCCAGCACAGCCCAUACAUACACAAGCUUUGUGCUGCUGGAGCUUUGAUGAUGAAUCUGUAUCAUGUGUCUUUAUGGCCCGAUGGAGGUCAAACAGGCUGUAUCAGAUGACCCCACCGCAUACUGUGAAAGCAUUCACAGUUGAGCGCCACAUCUUUUCUUUCUGUCUCUCCCUUUCAGGCGUUUGAUCCUACAGUACCCUACAGUUUAACCCUGUCUAAGGAUUGUUGUUAGUCAUGGAUGCAUAACCCUGUAGCAUCCUUUUUUAUAUGUAUCUUGUGAUUCACCAAGCUUGUUUGAGAUCCAGAGUUCUUUACUGAUAAUUUUUGGUAUUCUCUGUAGAAACAAAGCUAAUCUGUUCGACGUCUCCUCUUCGUUUGUUUCCCACACCUCGGCUCACUUUGGCAAAGAAGCUUAUUACUCUGAGUUUGCAUUAGCCAGCUGGACCACUUAUUGGGGAAAACUUUAAAGAAAAUUACUCAGAACCCACAAAUGUUGCACUAGAAAAAGUCAACCAGAGUCCAAAACUACAACCUUUGAUCAAUUUUGAGCCUGAAUGUUUUGUCCUUUCCUUUCAAGCAGAGCUGAGUGAACAAAUUCACUCUCUGUCUUCCUCUUCUCUAGUUAAUUGCUUAUUAGGCUUGUGGCUUGGAUACAUUUUUUAAUUCAGCUUCUGUAGAAUCUAUUUAAAGCUACAGACAAAAUUUUCACACUAAAAGCCGGGUUGUAAAAAGCGCUCCUGUUUCUUAUAUAGGCUAACAUAUAAUUUCCAUCCAGUGGAAAUGAUUCCUUGGAGGUUGAAAGACAGCACUCCAAUCCUCCGAGUGGAGAGAGAUGACUGGUCUGCUCGAGUCACAUGUUCCCCUCUCUCUUUCUCUCUCUCUCUCUCUCUCUCUCUCUUGCAUUCCCUUACUCAGUUGCAACACUCUUCAUCUCUCUCUCGCCCGCUCCUUUCCUCCCACUCUCUCUCUGUCUCCGUCUUAUGUCUACUCUGUUAGCGUGUUGGAUUUUUUCAAAGGUUAUUUUCUUUGGAGAAUGUAAAAAAGGGUAAAGGACAGUAUGCAUACCGCUCUCUCCUCUCAGGCUGACUCUUCCCCCUCUCCUCCAUAAUCUCUCCUUUUUAUACUCCCUUUCAUCCUUUCCUUGGGGACCGGACUGUCUUCUUCUGCGACAUGUAUUCCCUGGAUGAUUUUGGGUAAGGCAACAUCUCCUCUUUUUCUGUCAUUUUCAGGUUUUCUUGUGCUUUUGGAGUGUUGUGAAAAGGUAGAAUUGGCCUUGGAGUGUGCGGUUUUCAUGUUCCUUCUCCUCUCUCUGGUGUUUCUGUUUAAAGCCUGGCUCAGCUUUCAGACCGCAGAAUCUGUUUGCUUCUUCAAACAGGAUUUGUAUGCAACUGCAAAGAAAAAAGUGGCUUGAGCUGGAGAGGAAUCCAGGAAAAGUGGGAGAGGAAAAAUCUCCUCUAGUGGUUGCUGACUUUCUCUCGUGUCUCCUUCUUUCCACUCGUCUGUCUGUGUUUUCUCUGGAGCCAGCUGUUAGCACAGAAGCCUGAUUGGUUACCCUUUAGCACAUCUUUCAUUGGUUCAGCCUUUUUUUCUGAGAAGAAGGAAUGAGUUUCUCUCUGUCUGUGUGUCAGCUCAGCUGCUGCUCUCUGUCGGAUGGAUCCCCUCUGAUUGCAUGUGUGAAAAAGGACGGCAGGAAGAAAGGGAUAGAGUGCUAAUCUCUGAAUGGCUGAUGAGUGGGACUAUCAAAAGCCAGAUGAAACACGAAGAGAGGGGUCUCUGUAAUAAUGUGGCCUCCGCAGAUUACAGUGGGGCGGGGUGAUUUGUUAAAGCUCAAAUACAGAUGUGGAAGCUGAGUGGGGCAGAUGAGAUAACUUUAGAGAUUUACGCUUGACCACAUGCACUCUAGUAAUCUACUGUAAAGCACAGUGCAUGUGAGGGGAAACUUUCUCCCUCAGUAUGAACACUAGUCAUGAGUUGUUGUUGUUGUUUUUUUACACACAAGCAUGGUAUGCAGAUUGCAAAAAUACAAAGUGCAGGUAAAACAUUUAUUUAUCAGCAUAUCAGCUUUUCACCUGAACCAUCCAACCAUCCGCUCAUUUAGUUGUCAUUUUUCUGACAUUUCUCUGACAGCUUCAUGUCUCUUCUUCCUCUGGACAGAUCGGUAAAUCAGUAACAUACUUUUCUCUUUUGUAUUUUUGUUGUACUUUUGAUAUAUUCACUGUAUGGGCUGGAGAGAACAGUCUUUUUUAAAUCCUGUGUAUGUACUCAAAUAUAGCACAAAUUGACUAUAAAACAUCUUGAAUCUUGAAUGACACCCAACACCACAAGUCUACAGGCUUGUAUGAUGCUGCACUGACUGAGUUACAGUAUAUCUGAGCUGUGUUGGAUUUUAACCGCUCCUGGUCUGUGGUUUUUGCCCCUGUUCAUGUCACUCUAUGAAGCAUUGUCCUCUGAAUGGAAGCAGCGUUUCCCUUUAAGGAUCAGGAUUAGUGACGGGACGCGGACUAGAGAAGGCUGAGGAAGGUGGAGUGAGGCGGAGGAGGAGAUGAGGGGUGGGGGAGGGGUGGUGUUAAAGAGGGGGUUGCCAUCCAUACUGUACUCUAUGUGUCCAUGACAGUUAGCCCGGGGCCAACUGGCGUCUAUAGCAGGGUGUAAUUAAUAAGUGAUGUCGUCAUAAGGGUCGAUAUGCUGACUCCUAACUGUGAGGCGUCACUGUGCUCACUGUUGAAAUGUUACUGCUAAAUUAUCUCUGUGUGUAGAGAAAUGAGUCCUAAUGAAUCUUUUAAUCAACAAUUACUCAGUUUAUCAAAUAUAUAUUGAUAUGAAAAACACUAUUUCUCCUUGGUUGGACAUCUUUUAAAGGCUCUGAAUGAGUUUAAAAGCCGAUUUGUCCUUGUGACAUUUUCCACAUUUUAUGUUACCAGGAGAAACAACCAAGAGAAAGUUUUAAAAAUCAGCAUUUCUGCCCACAGACAUUCAUAAUUUUACCUAAUGGAAGUGUAAAGAGCAGUCAGACUUCAGUCUACAAACAAGCUGACCCUAAGUAUUGCUCCAAAGAUGGUUGAUAGUGUAUCUCUCAUGUUUUCAGAAACUGUUUAGGAAAACAAUCCUGUGAGUUUUUAACUUCUCCACAUUAUUUAUUUAUUUAUCUACUGUGUCAUAACAGUUAUACAGUUUAUUCAGUCAUGACCCAAAUUUUACCAUGCGAACAAAAAGAAUGCAUAUACAGGAAAUUCAUGCCUCAUCUUUGACAGGUUACUCUUAGAAAUGAAGGAGAGUGGAUCAGUCCAGAUUUUUGAUGGUAAUCUCUCCCCCUACUGCAAUUUUGUUUGGCCUGUUGUCUUUUUCAAAACCUUCUCUGAGCUUUUUAACAUUUGCUCAGCCUGUCACAGGAAUAUCCUGUAGUCCAGCUGGACACUCAGACUCACACAGGAGCAAACGGUAAUUCAGUCUGGCAUAGAAAUUACGGAGAGCCCCCAAAACUAAAUCUCUGUUGGCAGAUGUUCCUGUUCAACCAAUCACUGUGAGUGUGACCACAUUUUAACCAAUCACAACAUGAUUUCCUGCUGCAUGCUGAACUGGUAUGCCCUGUGGCGGUGUGACUGUUGUUUGCUGUCACAGCAACAUAUGAGGUCAGCUAUUAGUGUGACGUCCAGCAAGAGGUCAAAGGUCAGAGGGUAAUACUCUAUCAUCCCUACGCUCAAGUACUGUCAGUCCCUGGACUGUGUGUGUGUUUGCACGAGUGUGUGUGUAGAAGGAAACCCUGGUGAGUGGCUCUAGUGUAUUAGUCAUCCAUAUAUUGGAGUGUAUUGAUCGCUGAUUCUGCAGUUUUUUCUGCUGACUUUAUAAAGUGUUUUUAAUUUUAUUUAGCUUUUUUAUACCUUCUUUUUUAUGUAAAACAUUUUUAAAUAGCUUAAACAGUUGUUGCCAAGUUGUAAGGAGGGCAUUUGACAAAAAAAGAAUAAGACAGGAAAACUAUUGCCGCACCAACAGCUUUUUUUGCCAGCUUUGAUUAAUUUUUUUUUAAUACAUAUUCUGCUGCUGCAGGUCUUCAUAGUUGGCAUGUUAACAAAGCAGUAGAGUUUUAGUAGUAACAGAGGUGUAACAGAGGAAUAACAAAUAUGAGAUUGUGUCAGUAACCUUUCUUGUAAUGCCAAAUCAAGGCAGAUAUUUACACCCUUGAAACAUCUUGCCUCCAAUACUAAUGUCACAAUGGAUGGUAGGACAAAGUUGUACUUAAUUACCGUGAAAGUACAAUGGCAGGAUGCUAGUGGAACUGGGUUACAGGGCUGUUGCAGUCUUUAAAUGAUGAAGCUGGCACAGUACAGUGCAUAGAAAUGAAAAUUUAGCAACAUCUAGCAGUCAGAUGAGACUGAAAUUCCCCUGUGCUCAACCCCUCCCAUCAGUGCAGCAACGGUGGCCUUCAAGUGCAAGAAAGCAUGAUAAGUAGAUAAGUGUUUACCAUAAAAAGUUAUCAGUGUGAAUCCUUGUGAGCACAGCAACCAUUCUGUUCUUCUGAAUUUCUUAUGGGCACUCACUAUGUACAGAAAAUGCAAUUGUUAUUACUUGGUCCGUAGUGUGCUACAGUAAAAACAACGACACAGGGUUAUUUGGUCUCUGAGGAAGGGGACUCCCUCCUAUGACGAUACACGAAAGGCUUUUUCCAAGUUAAACAAAAUGAAACACUAUACUUAAAAAAAAAAACGGUUUGUUUCCUUUCUAUAAAUACGUUGGUCUGUGCCAAAAUAAUGGACCCUAAAUGAUCACAGAGCGACACAGAGCUAGCCUGAGUUUCAGCUUGUCAGUGCCAUCAGGAUAAACUGUUUACAAGAUAGAGUCUCUAAGUUACCUUCAGUUUUUCUUUCUUGUAAUUUCUUGUUACAGGCUAAGUUUACACAGGCCCAUUCCCUUUGUCCACCUCUGGUUUGAAUUGAUCUGGACUACAAUAAGAACCAAGUCCCUGUAGUCGAUGAUAAAACUAACUCCCCUCCUGUGAUGCAAACCCUGAUUGAACGUUAGCAAUCAGUAAUUAACUCGCCUGAUGUUAAUGGACCUUCAGCACGCACACACUCCCAGCUAAUGUGUGUUUGUACAUGUUGGUGUAUAAUCACCAGCUACAUGAUGUGUCCUCUGAGGCAAAGGGCAUCCUGAUCGAUAUGGGCUGACCACUGUAUAGACUGCUGGCUGUUAAUACAGGCUCUGCUUAAUACUGGGUGGCUAUGGCAACGGCAGGCUGCAGCCGACGGGGGGUAGGGGGGGUUUAACAGUAGCGACCCCAACAACACUCCCCACCAACUCUCUACAUAUGAGUGUGUGUGGAUGAGGGGUAGGAGCCAUUUUAGUAGGAUAUGAGGUAAUCUCCCUUGGGUUAACAGUAUGAUGAUAGUACAGAGGUUUACACACACACACACACACACAGAUGCUCAUCUGUUAUACGGUCAGACAACAGGCUGGUCAAUGACUUCAUCCCUGCCGGUCUGUCUGUCAGUCAUCUCUUUGUUGCUGGUUGGAUACUGGAGGCAGCGGUACAGGAAUUCAAACGCUGAGGACCAAUUUGGAUAUUUUUUGUCAUUAAUUGAAAGAUAUUUUUUAUUAUUUGUGCAGCUGCAAACUGCUUUUUUAAUUUAUGUAUCUGGCUUUCAGCAGGAGGAUUAAACUGUUUAAUGAAUUCUAGCUUUAAGGUAGUGAAGCAGUACGGACUGGGUUUUGGGUCAUAGACUGCUGCUGCUUCUGUUCUCCUUUUUUAAAAUCUUUUUACCAGAAAUGGACAUACAUCGGGUCCAAGUUCUGCGUUACUGCCUCCCUCAGAGCGUCAGUGACUCAGGGUUGUUUUACAGCCACAUAUCUGCCAGGUUUGUAACGACUUGUGAGUCUGAUCACUGUGUGAAUGUGUGUUUUUGUUCAUACCUCUACAGUAUGUGAUAGCAUUUAAAGGCUAAGAAGAGAAGUGAAAGUAAAGAUGUAUGAAAUGAAAAAGUUGAUAUUCAAUUCACUUAGUGGUUUUUGUUUAUAUCGGGAGAGCUUCACUGCUGUCUGUUAUGUUAUGGCAGCACAGACGGUCAAAUCUCUCCUUGUUGUAUUUUAAUCAGAGCUAAAAUACUAAUCUGUAGUCUUAAUCUGGCUUCAACAAACCAGUUGCACACAGUAUUUAGGUUAUUUUGGAUUUUCUACAAUGUGUGAAGACAACUUAAUUUAACCCAAGCUGGGAAGAAAACGUCUCUUUAUUGUUACCUUGUGUUAAAUAAGAGCUAAGCGUCAGACCCAGAUUUGUUUUGAUCAUCCUCUUUUUAUUCCUCCUGCCUGGCUGCGUCUUUUCAGUCCAAACCAGAGAUGCUGCACGAGUGAUGCAGCUCUCUGUGAGCGCUGAGCAUCUUCUUUUAUUCUAAACACUCACAGCCUCGCACAGAGCGUCUCUGAAUAGAGGGGCUCUGUAUGGGCUGCAUACAUGUUUAAUACACACAAGUAUUGAAGACAGCAUGGCUUCUGGCAAAAAUCGCUGCCUUUCGGGCCAGUGCCCUUCUUUUUCACGUUUUCUCUCUGUGUUUAGGAUAGAGGAAAUAGAGAACGGAAAGGAGGGAGAUUUAGGCUGUGCUGAUGUUGCUGCUGCUGUCCCAGAAGAGAACUGCAGGAUCAAACAGCGCUGUUGGCUGUCUUGUUAUCAUGAGGGAGAGGAAGGAUGAAGGGGGGAUGGUGGUGGAUGGAGGGGGUUGAUUUAAAAAUAUAGACAAUGAGGUUUCAUAUGUACGGUGUGUGCAGCUGAUGCUUAAAACUAACCAGAGAUCACACGCUGUGCAGGACACAAGAACCUGCUUGUCUGUGUAAACCUGAUGUUCUCUGCAUGAGGAUGAUAGCCUUACUGACAGCUGCAUUUGUCUGGUACAUGAAACAGGUCUUGUCACGGCUCAGAUAGAUGUGUGAUAUGUCCACACUGCUCAUAUUUUCAAGACCAGCAAUGAAAACAAAUCAGAGUUUGUCAAUCAGGUAAAUUCCUCUGACCAAGAUAAAUCCCUCUUCCCUGAACCAGAAGUUAGGUAUGCUAGCUUGUCAAAUCAAGACCAUCAAACAUCCAUAAUUUCUGUAGUUUGUCUGUAAAUCUUAUUCUUGGAAAAUGUAUUGGAUCACAUGACUACGGAUGAAACACCAACUGUAUACUCUAACCCAUAAUGGACCCCACUGUAAUAAAAAAAGCACAUUACUAAGACACAGAAGGACAAAAGCUGACAAUAAAUGAAGUAAACAUGAUAUAAUAUUACACUAGAUAAAAUUCUUGUGGCUUUUAUACGAACAAGGAAUUAACUUACAUAUUUCAAUGAUUUCUUUUGUUGUUAAAGGAAAAGAAAUUUAAUGUCCUUACAUUCCCUUGAUUAUUUUUCCACGCCAGCUCAUCAGAUUACACAUAUUUCAACCUAUUAUAAUUCAGAUGUAGAGCACAUUCAGGGAAUUGCGGUAUAUAGGUCAUGCAUUUUCUGCUGCCAUGUUGUGUGUGAAUCAAGAGUAGCAGCACUGUAAACGGUUAUAUCAUGAGAUUGAGCUUUUUGCACAAAACAACUGGGACAUUUAGCUAAGAACAUAAGCACAUUAAUGUGGUUUGCAUUAAUGCCAUUAAGUCGGCAGUGCUCUGCUCUCCCACUCUCCCUCUCAGUCUCCCUCUCAGUCUCUCUUUUACCCAUUCGGGGCUUAAUUGUAGCGCCGUCCAAAGUAUUGCUCUAUACUUUGUGGAUCACUGGGGCAGAGGUUAGAUAAACUCUCUGCCAUUAUCAGUUAUCACAAUCUGGACAAAAUGAUGGAUCUGGGAUUUUGAGGCUUUACUGACAUUGUGUAGAUUAUGAGAAUCUGAAGCUCUAUGCCACUACAUGAUAAAAUGGUGGCUGCUGUGAUGCAUUAGCAGAAGAGAUGCCACUGAAGCUUAACUUUAUAGUCUUUGAAUCCCUAUUAUUCUGGUCAUAAUCAUAAUUAUGGUGAAGCACACUUCUUAACACAUUACGUUGAGUACUGACAUCCUACAAAGUUAGUCUAAUAUGUUUUCAUACUUGAAGUAGAGAGACAAAUGUGGAAUAAUGAAGAAAACCUCAAUGAUUUUGGAGGCUAAAUAAAAGGUUUGUUUCAUUUUGAGACUUAGAGGGGAAGUUAAUAAAACUUGUGUGUAGUUAUGUUUAAUACGUAGCCAAAGCCAAACCAUGGUAACCUGAUCACAACAUACUUUCAGCGAGAUUGCUGCCCUGCUGAUGCCCUCUAUAUAAACUAGCUCACAUUAUUUGUCUAGCUGCCUUUCCUUCUAUGAGUUUGGGUCGCCUCUUCAUAUUUGUUCUACAUAACGAGAUUUUCUAUAUUAGACCAGACCUGCCCUGCUGAAAAUACUCCCUUACGUCGAAGGAGGGAGUGGGUUGAGUAUGCAGGGGGAGGACUCGUUCGCUUUGUGUCUGUUUCUGUGUCGACAACGAUAUUUCUUGUAUUUAGACGUAUUCGCGGUAUCUAGGAAAGAGUUGAAAGCAAUAUACAGGAAAGCAAACAAGAGCCCACUCUGUUCCACUUCAUCAGCACAGGCACUCCACUGGUGUUAAAGCUCCAGACAAUUACCUGCUCUGUUCACAAAUCGGCUCAAUCGAACAUUACACUGACUCUGUACUAGAGCUGGCAGAGUGAAGUCUGUUUGGAUCCAGUUUAACCAAUUCAGACAUUUUUAACUCUCUUACAAACAACUCCUGUGGAUAUUUCCUACAUAUCAUAAAGAUUGUUGUGUAUUUUUAAAAAGGUGAAUGUUAUAAUCCAUCCUAGAGGGGAGGUGGUUAUCCAAACAAUCUUCCAUUUCGAUCGGUCUGGUGGUUUGUGAGCUAUUACAGUUUGUACAGGUCAAAUUAUUCUGCCAUCCAAAAACAAAGUAAAAGAAUGGCAGACUUAUUGUUUGCUGGUUAGAGAUAGGAACAGUUCUAUGGAAUAAUGUAGUUUUAUGAGACUUCUUUUGUAACAAUGAAUAGCUUUAAAAUGCUUUAUUUUAGAUGCAGUUUUACAUUCAGUGCAGAAGUAUUACUGCAGUUCCUGAGAUCUGGCGUCCAUUUAAUUUCCCACCGUUUCUCUCUGACGGGCUUACUGUGCUUAGUUUUCUCACUUACAAAUGACCAGGCUUCACACUGCUUCCCUUCAAUGAAGUUGCCCUGUGCUGUUUUUAGUUCCAGCAGGCCUUCUUCCUCCUCCUGCCUUGUGCUAGUGAGCAGUACUUUCCCUACAGAGCAGAUUAGAGGUUGUGUACGAGGGUUAAGUCCUGGUUAAUUUAGAUUUAAGACUGCCGUGAGGAAAUGAUCUGCCUGAAAGGCUCCACCUCUAAUCCAAUGAGUCAGACAGCCCUCUUCCCACUCUCUAAAGGACCCCAGGACCCACCCAAAUACACACACACACACACACACACACACAUACACACACAGGUUCAUAAAUACAUCCCCCAAAAAAUGACACUCAGGCGGUGCAAUGCAGUGAACCAAAGUUCCCUGUGAUCCCUUGAGGCUUUUAGUCUCAUGUGAGCGUAAUGAUAACAGACACCGAACUGAAUACAUACACAGUAACUAAUAUGUGUGUAUGAGAGGACUCAUAUUCCUGUCUGUGUGAGGACCACUGAUUUGAAACAACAUAUUGAGGACAUAACAGCUUUUCUUGCUCGUUUAAAGGGACAUUUCCAAAGGUUAAGUCUUAGUUUGGGGUGUAGUGUAUGAGUAAGGCUGAUGUUAAGUUUAAAAGAGAAGUUGUCCAGUUUAAGAGGAAGAAUUCAGCAUUUAUUUGGUUAAGGUUUGGCUCUUUGAGUCGCAUUAUGUCAGUGUUGUUUGUAAGAGACAAACAAAUGAGUGGCUAUCUGUCUCUGGUGCCCUAAGCUGGCCCUUCACCGAAAAUAUCUGUGACUGUUAUUUUGGGCGUAUGUACGGUAUGAAUACCAUAUUAUACUGUGUGUGGGUGUAUAAUUAUAUAUUUCUAUUCCUGUUUGAGGAGGGGCAGAUGCCUAAGCAAGAUGAGUGGAAGUACUACCUUCUGUUUUUCAUUUACAUUCACAGAAGUCUGGGAGCUGUUGAAUCUGUCUUUAUUUCACCUCAUAGACAAGACAACAAGGUGAACUUUGGUGUGUAGAUGAACCAGUAUAGUUAACCUACAAACACAGUAACCUACUGUGUAUUUGUAUCUGCGUGUGCUUGUAUUUCUAUCUUUGUGGGGACUGUAAAUAUUAUAAAUAUCUAAAACAACAAAUUAGGGACGUUUCUGCCUCGUGAAGACAUCUUCACUGUUUUCACAAUUUAAAGGAAAUUUUGAAGCAACAUGUGUAACUUAGACAACACAGACUGUAUAGCCUCUCUUCCAACGACUUUCAGACAUGGCUGCACACUGCACUGCUGAGAUAAACACUGUCUACCUGAGCAUGGCUUUGUUUAUCUACCAAAUCUGUGAUUGUGUUUCAAGCCCCCCUCACCCUGAUUGUAUGUCUCUAUUAGCUAAAGCAGCACCCAGGGAUGCAUAAAACUCUGUAAUUAUCACUCCUGCUGCACCCGAAACCUCUCUGGAUGCUUCCAUCUUGUUUAUUGUGCAGGGGGUUAUGAUGUUUUGAAAGGGAGUUAAUUAGCAUGUGAUGAAAUGAUUAAUUGGGUGGAUGAAGUUGUCGCCAGCUGUGCCAAUUGACUGCUGCUCUUCUGAGAUAUACCAAAUAAUCAGAAGUUAUGAUUUCCUGGCUGUAUAAAUCAAACUACCUGGUCUUCAUUUUUGGAUCAGUCUUGUCCUCAUUAGCUUGUUUAGCACUGACAGGGAUGUUGAAGAUGGGGGCAAAAAGGGGUUGGUCAAAGAAAGCUUCAGUCUGGAUACAUUGCAUGCCUCCCUGUUCAGUACAUUACCAUCUUUUCCUAUAUCAUGUCUCGCCAGAUCUCUCUUUGCAGUCAAAUAAGGGGACUACAUAAAUGAUGCAACUGAAUUAGAUCAGCCACCCAUGCCUGAGAAUCUGUUAAGCCACACUUGAGUGGAUCUGAAACAUAUCAACAUAAAUAACCUGUAGUUUAGCUAAGCAAGGCUAACUACGCUAUUCCAGAAAGAUUCAUAGAAAGUAGGGAAAUGUCUUGCAGUCAAACUCUCUAUUUCAAUACUCAUGGUUAGUUAAAUAUUACAAGUUUAACCUGUAGUCGUUUGCUGACAUUUCUCUGCAGCUUCGGUAAUCUUUAGCUGUGUUUUUAACAUUUCCAUCACGGAAACAAAAUCCAAACAAAUCUGAACUGCCCUUGCAAGCCGGCCAUGUGGGGCUGCUUUGGAUAACUCAUCAUGUGUCUGGGUCCGUUCGGGUGCCUUCCACUGUGAACCAGCACGAUGAAACAAUUACCCCUGCAACAAAAGCUAAUUGCCACGAUAACAGAAGCUCUGCCCUCGGGUGCUACCCAGAGAGAGAGAAUGCCACAUGCACCCUAACACCCAAACCACUCCCCCAGUUUGCCAAAGAAACACUUUCCCAACCUAAAUACAUCCAGAGAUCUAAUCCUGCAGCAGCCGGUCCCACAGAAAAACACGUCUUGUGUACGGUUGUUUGUUGCAAAAGAUCAGAUUCAGGCAUCACUUCUUCCUGCGCUCAGCUCUCUCUCUGCUAAUGGACUGAAAACACACUCAGAGUGUGUAUAUAGGAUUUGUGUGGAGCAGGGUGGGGUGAGGGAGGGGUAAGAGGAGGGCACAUAUGUCUAACCAUGUGUGCAGGGAAGUGCUUUGCUUAAUUCAAAAGCCUGGGAAUGUGGCCUCCUUUUCACUGCUUGCCUAUGAGGCUUAUUUGAAAUGAGGAAGUGCUCAGUGUGGCAGAAGCCUUCAUAUCCUCUCUCUGCUCUUGUUUUUCUCCCUGACGUCUUUUCAUCUCCUUCUCUCUCUCUGCUUCUCCUUCUCUGUUCUCUCCUUCUCCCCGACAGACUUCCUUAUAAGACAAUACUCCUUAGCACCCUCUGAGAAAUCUGCUUAGUGUAGCAAAAACAAGUUGACGUGCUUUGACAGAGACUGUUGGAGAAAUCAUGUCCAGCAUUUGUGGUGUUUUAAGCAUCAGACUGAUCUCUCGGAUCCAGAAUAAGCCUCCUCCCUUUUAGAUAUAUUAUGAGAUAAUAAUAACACGAGGAAGAGUUUGAGCUAUGUAUUAAAUAAAAUAAAGAUUUCUGCUCAUCAUAUUAGCUUGUCAGCAUGAUGUGAGAAACAUACAGUGUUGCUUGUUUUAUUCAUGAGCUGCUGGGGAAGUACCUAUACAUAUUUAAAGAUGUAGCCUGUGGAAAACACAAGGCAAAAAAUACUAGCAGGCUGAACCCUUAAGAGGAAUGGAGCAGCCUGCUGAGAGUAACUGCACCAAUAAUCAAUAAUUUUGUAUCAAUAACGGUUCACAUUACUACUGAUGUUAAAGGGGUUGAUUGCAGACUGAUAUGCAGAGAAAUCCUGCCUUAGUCAGCAACUACUUUGGCUCAACUUCUCUGUUUCUACUUGGCUGUUUUGAGAACUUAAGGUGACAGAGUCUAGGGUGUAAACAAGGUCAAAUUGCCCUGCCUUGUGAAUAAUGUUAGCAGAGCCAGCACCACCAGCUUUUGGUGCUCCUUACAGGUUGAUGUUCACUUGCCUGUGCGAGUCAUGUAUUGCUCCAGUCAGGUGGUUGCAUGCCACAGCCCAGGUCAACUUUAUCUACAGUUGUAUCGCCUUUUGAGGCUACAAUUAAGGGGGAUGAUGUUUAGAUGCUUAUUUGACUGAACAUGCACAUCCUCAACCUCAAUGGUGACCAGACAUCACAGACAUUGACUGUGACUGUUUUUAUGAUUUAUUAAAUAUUAGUAUUGUGCUAACAAUUGGCAAACAGAGGUGGUCUGGUUGCCCAACACCAUAUUACAUGGAAGUGACAGACUGCUGGUGAAAUUUCGUGAAGCAGCUCUGUAAGAGAUGAUGAGGCACUUUGAUUUUUAGUGCUUCCAAGAACAAUGUUGGAGCUUGACUCACUAAUCAGUUGAACAUCUAUACUUUCAGACUCUUCUUCUGUUUCCAUUCAGUUCCAUAACUCGCUUACAGAAAGUAGCUUACUCUUCAAAAUAAAAGCAGUGUUAAAAUGCACAAAAUAAAAGCAUGUCAAUAAAUCAUUUUAUUAGACAAUGUCUUCCUGAAAGAAGUUUAUGUUACACCACCAGUGAUGUGGACAAAUCAUACAUUUAAACAGAACCAAACAUAACACAAGUUUAUGUGUUUCUGUUAAUUUGUGAUUAUUUUGGACUUUUUAAAUUUAUAAACACAUAGAUAGAUAGAUAGAUAGAUAGAUAGAUAGAUAGAUAGAUAGAUAGAUAGAUAGAUAGAUAGAUAGAUAGAUUUUAUUUCGGUCAUAAUACAAAAUAAUUAGAAAAGAACAAGGCAGGUAAGACAUAUAUACAUAUACAUACAUAUGUACGGUUUACAUCGUUGUUUGAUAUAUGUUGCUCUAACCUUUUCUUGCCUUUUCUCAAUUCUAGUUAUUGUGAUGUUUAAGAUUUUAACUUUUCCAUCGUUACUGUGAGAUUUUGAUGAAGGUGAGAUGAAUAUCAAAUAUGGUGACAGCUGUACUCUAAAGCUUCAAAGUAGAAUAAAAUCAGAAACAGACUUUAAAACUAAUAAUAUUUAGAGAAGAGUUCUGGUAGAGCUGAUUAGACUUUUGAUGGCUGCAUGUUAUUUUGUAAGCGACUCAAAUGGCUCUGGUAUUGACUGCCGAACCUCUGAAACAAUUUUCCAUGAAACCAUUUGGACAUUUUCUAAUGUUAUUGGCGCAUCUAAGCAUUUGAAUUUUGGCAUCAUAUCCUGGGGCAAAUUUUUUUUUUCACUAUUUUAUCAGUUGGAUUCUGUCACAUUAAGAGGUGUUUUCUUUGCAUUCAAUAUUUUUGAGGUAACCUUUACAUGCUCUUAGAUUUGGCCUUCACUUCUUCCUGUUCUGCCCACUCCUGUUUGAUUCAUCACAUUAUUUUAAUGUCACUGAUUGUGAUUUUCAGCAGUAUCUGACCUUUCUCAGAUUCUGCUGUAUCUCCUGCGUCCCUUUCUUUACAAACGUGAUCGCUCUAUUUUCUUUGCAUCUCAUCUCUGUCAUCUCUCCUCUCGGUCUCCCUUGUUUUCUGGCUCAAAGCAACUGUGAAGUUGAGCAACUAUCAUGUGCCCUUUUGUGCCUUGUCUGCCCAAUGUCAUGUGACCAAUAGGGAGUGGGUAACUGUAUCACCAGCAUUUAGCACAGUGUCACAAGUGGUGACAAGUCCUUUUAUUUUUGCCCACAUUAGUCAAGCUAUUAAGUGAACCAUGUAACCAAAACAUCUGACAUAAACCGUUUCUGACAGAUUCUCUCUAUCAUCUCGUUUUGCUCGACACCCCAGAGUGUGUUUAUUGACUUUUAUGUAAAGCAGCAACAGACAAGCUGGAGCUUUACCAUCAGCGUGAAGCUUGAGGCACUCCUGCCCAAACUGCUCCAGAAAUAGGGCCUGUUUUUGUAAGAAGAUCUAUCACUGAGCUGCAGCCACCUCCCUCUUCCCCUCCCAGUGAGACUUUGGUGGUCUGCAGGGUCUCUGUAGUGACCUAUCCGUGAUUAGGAGUCUCUUUUACUUAUUUAGAAACAUAGGAAACAUGAUGUCUGUAUUUAUCUCUCAUGGUUUUGCGUUCAGAGUAGGAGCUCCUUCUUGAAUUUGCAGGUUAUUAACCUCUGAGAUUGUAUCAGGGAUAAAAAUGUACUAGUAUUCCCCAGUGGAAAACAUAUUAAGUGUUUUUUUUUUUUAAUCUUGAUGUAUAAGGAGUGAGAUUACACUUGCAUGAGGCUUAGAUCACUCUAUGUCUGUAUCGAAGCGGUUUUUGAUGUUAUCUGGACUAAAUUUUUUAAGCCAGGUCUAAAUUUAAAGAACUUCAGAUUCAAAUCUGCUCCUUCAAACCACAAAUGUAUCUACUGUUUGACCCAUACAUCAUUUUUUUUUUCAGUUUAUCCAAAUCUCUGCUGCAGUCACAGUCACGACUAGAUUGUGUUAUAAUACUUUUAUAUGAUAGCUGCAGGUUAACUCCUCAUGACGCAUACUUGUCAGACAGAUCUGUUUUAAUUCUGCGAGUUGUUAACUCCAUCUGUCAGUUUCUGCUUUGAAGGAGGAAAUUACUGUGCAGUCCUCACUCAAACUUAAGAAAAUGUCUCUGUAUAAAAGUGCUGCACGCCAAAAGUUGAAUUAAGAAUUAAGUUCCCUGUGAUAAAAAGCUUCCAAGGUAAAAAAAAAAAAAAAGUUGAUCUGAAGCCCUCUCGUUGUGGAGGGACUUUCACUUUUUCAGUUCUACAUUUAAGCCAAAUAUGUCUGAAAUUUUUGUGCAUCUUUCUUAAAUCAUAAUAACAAGAACAAAAUCUCUAUUAAAAAGUACGCAGCCUAGUAGCCUGUAGACUCUCUCCCAUCUCAUCACUGCUGAGUUAUUUGAGGCCAGUCAGACAACCACAAGGGAGCCUGAGGGCAGAUGAUGCAGGAAAGUGAGAGGAAGCCGACUGAGACUGAACCAUGUGUCAGAGAGGGGAGGGGGGUCUCUCAGGUGUCGUGCUGUCUUCCUCCUAUCAGGAAGCGUUCUUGCAGCGGGGGGGAGGCUGAUAUGUUGGCAUUUGAAUGUUACAGGCGUCCUUAGGGCCUUGAGUCCCUGAUAAUUACUGUGGAAGACAGUCUCAUGGAUCUGUUCGUUCACAUGUUUUCUCCUUGUUUUAUGUUUCUUCCAUUUUCAUUGUAGAGAAAACUGCACUCAAUUACCAGGAUAUAACAUUAUGGCGUGCAAUCCCAUUUACUGCAGGCUCUCUAGAUAAUAGAACAAUUCAUCAUGAUUUUGUUCAUGUCAUAGUUUUAUCCUGCUCUCAGGCUCUGCUUUUAUUUUGUCGGGCUGUUGUGCAUAUCACCACUGCAGCUUUUUUCGAGUCUCUUAUGUAACCUUUUUUGUAAUUUGAUGUGCAAAACAUGACUGUUGGACACAAACAUGCACAUCCCACUGUUUGAGGAAGUAUUCAAACUUGAGAUUAUGCAGUAUAAAGCCUGCAACUCUUGUGAAAGAAGUAGUGCUUUUUAGUAAUAUGUGGGGUCUUCACAGGUUCAACAUCAGGGGUAAAACAUUUAAUGGGUUCAUCAAAUAGUUCCCUGACAGAUAAUGACAGUCAUUUUGAGUUACAGCCUCAAGAAAUGUUGCUGACUUUUAAUUUGUCACUUUUGCUGUCAGAGCCCAUCUGCUGCUGCUAUUUAUCCACUGUUUAAUCUUUGUAAAUAACCAACAAAAGUGAAGGAAUACCAGCAGGCAGUGAACUUGUCAAAAACUCUCUGUAGUUUGCUUUACGUGGCCCUCACACCUCCCAGCUGAUAAUGUGAGUCUGGCUGCCAGAGAGCACUAGUCCCCGAGGUGUUGAAAGUGAAAAUUAAAGCAUUUAGUCACCUCACAGAGGUUACCUCACCUCUGCCAGUCCACAUCACCUCACCACCUGCUGUGCUGUGUUUCCUUGCUGGUGCAUUUUAUCAGCUUCAGGCAUAUGUGAUGCUAGGGUUAUACAGCAGUCAUAAAUGAAUCUCAUGGCUCUUGUAUGCAAAUAUGUCUUUUCACUGAGGUCAUUUUCUCUCAGCUUUGUGGUUGUGAACAUUAUGAUUUUACGCUUACUUACAACCAUGUGCUCAUUUGGGAAGUGGGACUUCUCCCUUUUUUACCAAACAGGUCUCCAGCUGGUGAUACACUUGCAGAUCAAACACUUUAAUUUUGAACAGACUGUAUCAUUACCCGGCACAUGGCACACACCCUUCUGUGCGGGUGCCUCUAAACACUUCUCAGUGUCCUAUAAUGAUGCUGCCGCGCCACAGUAAAAGACCAGGAGGGAGAGGGGAAUUUCCACGGUUCACUUUUAGGUUUAGGUUUUGUUUAUGGCUUUUAUACAUGGCAACCCGGCCUCUCCACAGCACACACAAGCUGUCAGAUUUCCACAGUGGCAGUGUGUUACUCCUGAUGUGGUGACUUUUGGCGGUAUAUGGAGAGAGGUGUGGCUCCCCAGUGACCUAACAGCCAACCAGAUAAUCACACAGUUCCUCUGUUACGCUGGUUUUACUUAGUUGACCGCCAUGACAUUUGCACAGCUCUGGGUAACACAUGAGAUCUAACAGCGGGGGAAAUUACUUGCUUUUCUUUGCUCAUUAUAACUUGUGCCACUUGUAUUUGCAUUGUUGUCAUUCAAACAACACUUAAAAAAACUCUUAAAAAUUAAGGAAAGUAAGGAGUGAAGAAGAAGCCAGAUUAAUGUAACAGUAUUUGAUUGCUCUUUCCGUUUCUUUCUUCAGUGAACAGAGUAUCUGCCAGGCGCGAGCCUCAGUGAUGGUCUAUGACGAUGCCAGUAAGAAGUGGGUGCCCAUCAAGCCUGGGCAGCAGGGCUUCAGCCGCAUCAACAUCUACCACAACACUGCCAACAACACUUUCAGAGUGGUGGGCGUCAAACUGCAGGACCAGCAGGUGAGAGAAAAUAAUCAGCGUUACACUCUUGGUGAUGAGAAGCAUUCACAGAGCUCACAUAAUCUCCUUUCUUUAAAAAAAAGUGAUGAGUAGUGUAGACCUCCUGUAAUCUCCAUCUUUGACAUAUAUGUACGAGUCACAAAAUGCUGGAGGGUUUGAAGUCGAAGGUGACAUCAACUCGACCAACAUGCCCUCUCUUAUGAAUGACCAGUCAGCUGAAACAUUCUGAUCCUCAGUUUGACAAAUUCUCUCCCCGUGUUGCAGGUGGUGAUCAAUUACUCUAUAGUGAAGGGCCUGAAAUACAAUCAGGCCACCCCAACCUUCCAUCAGUGGCGUGACGCCCGUCAGGUCUAUGGGCUGAAUUUUGCCAGUAAAGAGGAGGCCACCACCUUCUCCAACGCCAUGCUUUUCGCCCUCAAUGUCCUCAGCUCGCCUGACAGUGGAGGUAUAUUGAUUCAUUUAUUCAUCAUAUAUGGAGUUAUUUUUUUUUAUAACUAUCCUAUCACAGAUUUUUCCCUCUUUUAUAACGGACCACUCAAUUAUUCUAGUCGCUGGCAGGCUUUGAUGGUCAUUUUCUAAAGGUUUAAGUCAAACUGAAUGCAUCUCCUCGAUAAAAUGAUUAAAGAUUGAGGUGUCUGAACCUGCUAAAGGAGCCCUCUGUUUCCCUUAAAUCACAUCCAACUGUCUUUAGCUGACACCCGUGAUCUUCUUUGCUCUCAGAAUAAUGUGAUUCAUAUCAUUUAAUGCUCAUUUAAUCAAUAAGAGCUCAAUUCAGUGUAUGCUGUUUCAACAAAUGCUCCUGUAAAGUGAGGCUGGUCAAGAGUUUUACGUUAAAGAGCAUGUUUCUAUAAAAUAUUGAUGAUUUCUGCAUUUAAAUCCUCUGCAGUAUUGUGAGCCUGCCAGCUGCCCCUCAAUUACUUAAAUGAUCUCUACUACCCUCUGCUGGUGAAAAAAUAUACUGCAAAGACGCUAUUAAAAAAACUAAACAAAAAAAAAACAAGCAGCUGCCACAAUUUAUACAGUAUUGUUUCUUUAAUACAAAACAGUUUAUAUUGCAUCCAUUAGAAUCUUAAUAAAUUAAAUGUUUUAGGUGAAAUUCGUUACAAAAGACUUGUUUAAUAGAUUUUUAUAUCGAUGUUUAUAGAUGUUAGAGGGUCGAGGGUUGUGAGAUGGUUGAGCAUAACCAGUGAAUUAAUUAAGUUUGAAUCUCACAAGAAUUUGAAGCCAAACAGACGCCUACUCUUGGCUGACUAAAUAGCUCCAGACCAGCUCUGGUUACGAGCUACUUAUAAGUCGUGCGUGUUUGAGUGUGUGUUCCAGGUUGUGUAUGUUUGUGUGUAAAACAUAUAAAGAGAAAAUAUCUGUGAGUGUUUAACUGCAGUGACACCCCAUCUUGUCAUCCUGACCCUCCCACUGGGUGCUAAAAUAUCCCAUACCGAGCCUUGAUGUCGUACCCUGCUCUGCUCACAUUGCAGCCCUACUUUUUUUGGGUGCAUUUGGAUUUUGGAUCAUGGGCCUCGUCAUGCAAGGCAAAAGUGUCUCUGUUUACAGCUUUCUGACUUACUCAACCCUGUUUCUUGUGCUAAUUCUCGCUGAAAGAAGCGACAGAGUUACAUAGAAAGCGUUAUAUUCUGUAGAGUGAGUUUGUGACCAUGCUGACUCCAGAGUUUUCCCCUGGUGUUCUCAGGAGGGUUUCUUCAGCCAUCAUCAUCCUCAGUAAGUGAAAUGAUUUGUGUGCAUUUCACAAGUUGAAUAUUGGUCUUUUGUUGCGGGAUGUUGCACAAUAUGUUGCUAAGAGCCUUGGAAAAGUACAAAGUUAAGUAAAUAAACUAGCUGUUUAGCAAAGUGAAGGUGUGUGAAAAAUAUUCUAGUCUUUGCUACGUUGCUACUCUCUAGUUUUUGUCCUGGAAGUUUUACAUCCGCUCUUAUUUUUUUGACAGAUUCAGAAUCACAAAAAACAGCUUAUAAUAAGCUUACAGAAUAACAUACAGUACGGACUAUUGUAUGAUUUGUAUAAUGUCUUGUGGCUGAAAAAAGCCCUCAAGAUUUAAGAAAAAUCUGUCAGACUGAACGUGGCAAAGACAAAGGGGUCCUGCUUUGAUACUUAAAGCUCCUAAGAGGAAUUUCAGUUUGUAUCAAUUUUGGUGCCCCCUGUGGACAAAGAAGUCAUGAAUUAUCUUGCCCUCUGCAUUUCUAAGCAGUAUUCUCAGUCAAUUGUACCUUUUAUUAUGAGUAUUUUAUGUGUAAAGGCUGUAACAGUGCUGUUUCUUUUCCUGCCCUUUGCACUGAUUUGAGGGAUUGAAAAUUGCAGAUGAUCUUGUUUGGGUUUGUAAAUGGUAAAAAUAACACUAAUAUAAAUUUCAGACUAUUUCUCAGAUGUAAAAAACACUCUUCACAGGAGCUUUAAGCAGCCAAGACAUGUCAUCUUAAAAUCAAUAGGAGGUUAUAAUAUCAGGAGUUUGUGUAAAGAUAAGAGAAUGAGAAAACAAGUUUAUUUCCAUAUGAUAAAUCUAGAGUGUUCAUGUGUCUGUCUGUCUGUUUGUGUCGUGUUGCUGCUGCUUCUGAGGAGCCUUCUUAUUCUUUAGUUGAGUGGCUGUGUGAGUGUUUGAAUAAAGAAUAACAAAUUACAACAGGCUGCGUCAUUAAUUCAAUUUAAAUAACAUGAAGACAAUACACACAUGGAUACACACGCCUUACGUUUACAAGUCUGGUCAGGCCCUCAUUGUCCCGGGGGCUUCCUGCUUUCUUUGACCUUCACCAUGGCAACAACCAGCACCACACCAUGUUAGCAGAUAGUUACACAGACAUGGAUAUGAAGUGUUUGAGAAAAAAUACCUUUCACAGAAACAAACAAAUAACUUUUGCUGUAUAUGUAUUCCUUUCUUAAUUCUGCAACAAAUAUUGCUGCUGGUGCUUCAAAAAAUGGCAUCACAUGCUGAUACCUAAACAGAGUCUGUGUUUAUGAAGGCUGCAGGUUGUAGGAGAGGGUGUCUUCUCUUAUCUAUUGAUGUGAAACUUACUGUUUGAUUCAGAUGGUCUGUUCUGAUGCUAAAUUGUAUGUGAUCAACAGAGAUUUUUGUCUGUUUUUAGGCCUUACUUUAAACCGAUAACAUCAUGUUCUUGUUCCCGUUCUAUGUUUUGUGUAAAUUGUAUGUUCAGGGUUCAGCUAUGUAAUUAUUAUGACAAGUAGAGUUCAGGGGAGUGACGGAGAGUGAGCCAGACUAGACCUCUCAGCAUAGUUGUUUCAUCUUUCAUCAAGUCAUCUUUGACGGAAAAUGUUCAAAUGUGUCCCUAAGUGAUACCAGCAUUAGGAAGAAAGAAGAAGUAUCAAAUAGAUACUCCUUUUUUCUGAGAGUAAAUGUGAGCCCUUUAAAGUGAAAUAACUCAGAAUAGGAUGUCUAAAGUGAAAAGCCAAUGCUGUGUUGGUCCACAAAGAUAUUAAAAAAAAUUCAAUGUUUUAUGAUUUAAGUCAUGCAGCCUGAAGCCUCAGCUCCUCCUCAUAUUGACUGCCCCCAUUGCCCCACCUGCUGCCACCCCCAUGCUACAGACACAGUCAACGGAAAUAUCACCCAUGGGUGUUCUUAGUGUCACAGUGGGCGUUGAAGUUUAAUGACUGGUAUUUUGGUGAAAUGGGAUAGGCGCUCUCCCGGAUGCUUCCUGUUAAUAGAUGCUCAAGUCUAGGGCUCAGACUGUGUCACUCAGCAGGAAGCUUUUUAUACUUCAGCUCAGGUUAAAUAUAUUUCACUUUUUUUUAUCCCAAAAUUUAGAUGCUCUUCUGCUGGGGUUUAUAACUGGAAACCCAUGUGGCUGGAGUCUCUGCAUCCUAAAAACACACUAAAUACAGAGGAAAACUCCAGGUUUUAUCAGCUCGGACUGAUGACAAAGGCACACAUUUAUUUUAUAAGAUAAAAAUGAUGUAAAACCCUUUGUUUUAUACGCAAAUACAUUGGCAAUUGACUGAGAAAUAACAGAAAACAAAGGGGGGUGAAACAGUGUAAAUGAGACCUUUAGAUAAAAUGAUAAAAGGAGAACAGAUAAAAAGACGUGAAGGAAGUCAGCAGACAGAAUAGAGGAAAAAAGAACAGGAACAAGGAAGAAAACAGAUGGAACUGGAGGAGGUGAGGGGGAAGGGCAAAUACAAACAAGAAGUGAAAGAGCAAGUUUAACCAAAAGGAAGUGACAUUCUUGUGUUGUUCUGUUUGCAGUACUUAAGUCUGUCAUUGUGUCUGCUGCAUUAACAUCCUUUAUUCAGGGCUGAUGGGGAACCUUUUAGCUUUGUAUUAUCAUCAGGAACUAUGUGGGACGAACCCAGUCUCUAACUGUCUGCUAUUCUUUUUUCAAAUCAAGCUCACUGUCUAUUAAGCUGCAGUCAAAUGUUGAAAAAGCCAAUCCCCACUUCUCAGAGGCCAAGAUAGCUUCAUUUGCCUGUCAGACACACAAACAUAAAUGAAUUAAGUUGGCCGUUUUUUGUUCGUUUUUUCUUUGUAAUUGAUCUUUCACCUUGUUUUUUUAAGGUCCAGUCGUUCAGCGCCAAAAUGGGCCCUCCUCGGAGGAAAGCGAGGCACAGAGAAGGUACGAGACACAAGAACAUGGAUAUGUGUUUGCGUCACAUAAAUGAUUUUCAACUCCUGUAGGGUUAUUUUGUGGUUAUGAAAGAGAUUGAAAUGAAUUCUGUUGCCUCUUCAUGGCCCACAAAAGCAAACCAGAGUUGAAUUCACUUUUGAUGCCUGUGACUGCUACCACUGAUCAAUACUCACAGCAGCUCACAGAUUCGAAGUACUUCAGUUCACAUUUCAGCAGUAAAACUUCAAAACGGUCGGUAAAUUUGACAUCGGGAGAGCUCUACUUAUGCAAACACAGUCAAGGAUUAGCAAAGAAAUAAAAUGUACCAAUUGGUCCACAGGGAGCAUUAAAAUUAAAUUCCCAAUCCCCAGCCUUAGCUGUUAUUUUCUCAGCAUAUGAGCACAUUUAAAAUCUACACUGAGGAAGGUGGAGACUGUUCUAAAGAACAUGGAUCACCCACUUCACAACACCUUGAUGGACCAAAGGGCCAAUGGUGGUGGACGGCUCCUCUCUCUUUGCUGUAGGACAGAAAGAUUCAGAAGAUCUUGUGUACCAACAGAUGUUGGACUCUUGUGUAAAUAGUAGAUAACUGUUAGAGACAUAUUAUGUGAGACAACAGACAAUUGAAUUUCCCUUCCCUCACUAUACACACAUUGCAAUCUCUUAACUUUAAUCAUCUUUAUGAUAAAGGCCAUUCCCAGCUUUAUUCACUGAAACAGACUGAGUAAAAGCAGUGACAUCCAUGCAAUUCACAGGAUGAUGGAGCAGCACCAGAUGCAGGCACACAAGGAAAGAGAACGACGAACGUCUGGAUCAGGUGAGGCCUAAACAAACACACACACACCCAGCUUUUUUUCCACUCACACACACACUCACACUUGGUCCUCCUCACACUGCUCUGGAGAUUAUGUGUUUGCUGCGAGCUAUGCAAACAUUUAAAAAAAGAAAAAAACCUGCCACAAAACACUCCAACUGUCAAUAAACAACCUUGCAGGGGUGUCAUCGGAUAUUUGCUCUUUCUUGUUGUGCUGUGUUAAUGAGGGAAGUUACCAGUGUCGGGUCAGGCAGAGCACACUUUACCUUUCCUCAGCAAACAGGUGAUUUCAUCAUUAAUAAAUACCUGAGAUUCCAGUCCCAGACACGGUAGGUUCCUGGAGGUAAACAGGCUUUCCCCUCUGUGCUUUGUGUUAGUGUCUCCCGCCUUAGUCCCAACCAACCGCGGCUCCCCUGGUCUGUACGCCUUUAUGCUUUUUUAUCCAUGCACACAUGUAAAUGUUCAAGUCUGCCCCUUAAACACACAUACAGACUUAAACAUCCUCCUUUGUCCCUACUGUCAAUGGCAAUACCAGAACCCUCCUGUCCCUGCAACAUGCUCUACUGCCAUCUCUUUCUUCCAGCUACUGUUGGGGGGAAAUGCCAUAUGCUUUUCUUACCAUGGCUCAGUCAUGUUGCAUUCUGCUGCUUGUUAUUUUUUAUGAUAUUUUGAUUCUUUCUUAUUUGCUACUGGCUUCCGUUUUUUGGAUUGCUCCUAAUUUUCUCAUCUUUUACUUGCUUGGUUGCUCAGUUGGUUGCUUUUCAUUCUUCUCACGUUUUUCUCUUUUCUGUUUUCCUUUGUUUGUUGCCCUCCUUUCGUCCUCCUCUUCAUCUGCAUCUCCUCUUCCUCUCUUUCUCUGUCUCUCUGUCUUUCUCUCUCUCUCUCUCUCUCUCUCUCUCUCUCUCUCCCUCUCUCUAUCUCUCCCCUCUUUCUGUCUUUCUAUCUCUGCCCGUCACAGUCGUUUCCACUCUCCAAUAUAAAGUCUCCACCCCUCCCACCCACCCAGACACUCCACCUGAGUACAGACAGUACAGGGCUAGCACACUGCCACCCUCCUACGUCCGCGUGGCCUCCUCCUCUCCUCCCUCCUCCUCUUCCUCUUCUCCCUCGCAGGAGAAAGAGGUUGGGGCUGCUAGGGACAAGGCCCAGCUCUCCUCUCAGCUCUCCACCUCGCUUGCUUCCGCCUUUUCCCCAGUCCAGGCGGGAGUGAACACCCAGGGCCGACAGGUCCGUCAGAUUCCCCUGUCUCCCCCCACAGCCGCCCGACACCUCCACCUGCAACAGCAGCUGCAGCAGCAAGAGAUCAUGCUCCCCCCAAAACACGGCACCUGGUCCGCUUCCCAUUUACAGCAAAUGUACGCCCAGAUGCCCCCCUCCUCUUCCCCUCCAGUUAUGAUGGCCAUGCCCGUGAAGCAGGGUAUGCCCCCUCAGCCCGUCCUCCCCAUGGCUCACCCCCUCCCACCCUUAAACCCCAGAAUGAAGCCCCCACCUCUUGACCCCAGCACUGUAUCAGGCCCUCACCAGUACCCCCAGCACCAGUCACACCCUCACUCCAACGGACAACCAGACGACUCCUACUCUCCUCACUCUCAGCACUUGCCAAUCACUCCACAGUACUGCGAGCCCGUUCCCCUGCCUCCUCUGAUAGGUCAGACAGCCCCAGGCCCCGCCCCCCAGUACCCAUCCACCUUCCACCCUCAGCAGCAGCAACAUCCGCCACCACAACAACAACAACAACAGCAGCAGCAGCAGCAGGUGUACUACCAGCAGGCCCAGCCCCCCACCACCACCACCUCCACCUCCUCCUCCUCCUCGCCCCCCUCUUACACUGCCAUAUCUGACGGGGGCUCGCCCAAGAAGACCCCCUCCCCAGUCCCCCAGCAGGCCUCCAUGGCCAGCAGCAGUAAGUAUGAGGAGGAAAGAGGAGGAGGUAGUCUCUCAGCAGAGGGAUGUUACAUGUGUUCGCUGUGUUUAUGUGUGUUUGUAUGUGUGGAUGUGUUGGUGGGUGGGUGGGUCAUAUUCAGAAGAGGGUAUUUUUACUUAAGUGAUAGCACCUUGCUCGUUAAGGUGCACAAGAACAUAAUUAGGAACAGGUGUCCUAGAGAUGUGUAGCUUAAUGUAGAUCUAAUUAUGUUACAAUAUAACCACAAUUUACCCAUUUUUAACAGUUCACAAACCAAAGAGCUUCAGUAUAGCAUAAUGAAGCAGGACUAAAGGCUUUUAAUGUUCACACCACAAACACUAAAUGAAAGGGUUUCCUAAUGACAGUAAGGAAAGUGUGACAGUAAGCUUACAUGACCCUGAAACUGAAGCAGCGAUCUGGAAUUCGAGUGUUGCGUAUCUUUGCUAGUCUUCCUGUUUUGUCAGGAGGUUUUCUGUGAACACACUUUUACAUACAGCCAAGCAUUUGAAAGUUUUUUACUAGCUGAGUUGGUCAUGUAAUCCAGUUCAGCAGGUGUUUCACCUCCUUGAAAAAACUGCCCAGAAAUACCAGCAUUGUUUCAGAAUCGUCUGCAAGUUAUUUGAUGUAGAAAACAUUUUUUUUUUUUGCUCAUGUCAACCUUGAGGAGUUCUUGUGCAUUUAUUUCCACCUUCAAAAGCAAACCAGGCCCUCAGCAAAAAGACUGACUUCAUCUAUUUUAGUUCCUUAUAGCUGCUGCGCCACAGACAGGACACACGGGUGGGGGGUGGGGGGUGACAUGCAGCACAGAGCCAAGGUUAGAACUGAGACCAUUGCAAUUCCUAAACCUGAAAUCGUACAUGCCGUACCAGGUGAGCCACAGUGGCACAAACACUUUUUUUUCUUUUUAGUUUGUCCUGUAGCUUUAAAGCUUGUCUGCAGAGUCACUUUAUUGUCACAUGGUUUUUCAGUUGGAGGCAAAGGCUGUUUUCCUAGCUCACAUCAAUGACACAAAGAGGAAUUUUUUAUGGUUUUAUUUGGCUGCCGCUGUCACUUUCACAGGCAUACCACCAACACAGACUGUAAAAAGUUAAUGAAUAGCUUUGUUUCUCACAAUUGUACCUUUACGUAACAGUCUUAUCAUGACAUCAUAAAGUUCCAUUUAUUCUGCAAUUAAACAACAGCUGUGAAGUAGAAAACCAAAAAAUCAAAUCAAAAUCAAACUAUAGAUUUGAUCGAAAACUUAUUUAGCUGAACUUUCUCUCUCACUGAGCACUUUUGCUUCAGUGCUGCUCACUGAUAGCAGCAGUUUGUAGGUUUUAACCGUGAUACAGUCUUAAUACAUUCUUCCAAGGGGCAAAAGAAGAUCAGUGAACCCCUAUAAUUAUUAACCAGUACCAAACUGUGCCCCUCCCAGGCCCCCCUGUCUCUGCAGGUCACCCUGCCAUGCUUUCUGUGGCUCCUCCUCCAGUUGCAGCUCCAGCACCCAUGGCUGGUCCUCCAGCCCCUCCACCUCCACCAGGUCCACCACCUCCCAUGGCAGUGCCCCCACCUAUGCCCCCUCCACUGCCCACUGGUGGAGGGCCUCCUGGGGGCCCGCCAGGGGUCCAGCACCAACCCUCAGGACUGGCUGCAGCACUGGCUGGAGCCAAACUACGUAAAGUACAUAGGGUGAGACGUGGUGAAAGCUCAGAAGAUGUAGGUCCAGUGUUUCUGGUUUUACCUUGUCUGUUGAGUAUUACAGCCAUGAUGUUUGUGUAUUUUUAGGGCCGGGCUAGUUAAAGAUAACACCUGAAAUAGAACACCUGAAACUCAUUUUUAAAAUGUGUCCCUCAGGAUGAGAGCAGUCCGCCAGGAUCAGGUGGUAAAAGUGACUCCAACCGGUCCAGCGGUGGCAGUGGUGGUGGUGGGGAGGGCCUGAUGCAGGAGAUGAAUGCCUUACUAGCUCGCAGGUAAAGCAGCUAUACAAACACACGCCUUCAUUUGAGCUUCAAAUCAAUCAUGCAGAGAAACAUGAGAAAAUACCUGUUCUGUCAGCCUUUCUGUCAAUAUUUCCAUGUCAGUCUUCCUGGUUCUGCUUUGAGAGCAGUAGAUGGACUUUUACUAAAGGAAAUAAGCUCAUAAAACAUGAGUCCGUCUCUCUGCAUUGUCUGCACAUGUAUGUCACUGUUCCUCAUUUCUCUUUCUUAUAGACGGAAAGCUUCAGAGAAACCUGAUGAAGUAAGUGCAGUACCUUCUGUCAGAGAUAGUUGCUUUCAAUGUAAAUAUCUGAGACAAUGUGACCAGCAGUAGUAGUUUUUUGCCAAGUAGUGAGUGGCAGCAGCUGUAACAUAUAAAACUUUCCUCAUUUGACAUCCAUUGAAUAGGUGCAUUUUCAAAACUAUUGUUUUUAAAUGUUAUUUUACCAUGAAGCUGGUAAGAACUGUGUCACUCUUGUGAACUUUUCCCUGUCCCAUAGGAUGACUCUAGUGGUCGGGGACCAGGUCAGCAGAACUCAACAGGUACAGAGAAACGUACUUUAACAUUACUGUGUAUAACACAGGCACAGCAACAUUUUAGUGAUGUGUGAGUUUUUCAGAAAAAUGUUUAAUUUUAUGUUUAUUCUUUCAACUCUGACCAGAUGCUGUGAAGAAGCCAUGGGAGCGAUCCAACUCCGCAGACAAGUCCUCGCUGGUGUCCAGGUCUGUGAGACUGCUGAGAUUGAGUGUUUGAAAUAUUAAACCAGCACAUAGAAAAUAACAUUUCUGGCAUAAUCUGCUUUUAAUUGUUGAUGCACCUGUAUUGUAGCCUAUAUUUUUAUCUGAUUUACUUAUGUGUUUUCUUCUAUUUAAAGUGUCUUUUAGUGCUAUGAAAAGCACUAUAUAAAUAAAUUGUAAUAAUAUUAUUAACCUUGUGGUUUUUUACUAUAAAUCUCUUCUGUUGCACUUAACGCUGUUGCAUGUGACAGAAAUAAAAGCAGAUUGGUUUGACAUAAUCCCUAAAUUAGUGGUGUGCUGAAAUAAACAUGGCCGCCUUUAUAUUCACCCAGUUUGUUCUUCUAUGCUGCAGAGUGAGACCCAUUGGCAGCACCAGUGAAUCAGACACAGAGUUUGACAGGAUGAAACAGGUUGGUAUAAUUUUCGAGUGAGUUUCCAUCAUUAAGGGAUGUGUGAAGGUUUUGUACUGUGCAAACCAACAGUUUCACACGCCCUGUGUUUCUUGUUUUGCAGGAAAUCUUGGAUGAAGUAGUUCGUGAGUUGCAUAAGGUGAAAGAUGAAAUCAUAAAUGGUGAGUAUAGUCAAAUCCUUACAUAAAAAUUCCUAUUAAAACUGAAAAAUUCAGUUUUACUCUCUCCCUCCAUAUGAGGUGCAUUUGUUAAGUUUACUUUUUUAAAUAUUCAAGUGCAACAAUGUCUUUUUUAUACAGCCAUCAGACAAGAAAUUGGCAGAAUCAGCACGUCCUAA